UAUUAUCUUAUAUAUAUAUUAUUCUUUUCAUCGAUAUAGUUUACUGCUGCUAGUAUUUUAUUUGUAACUGUCAGAUUUGAAAUAUUUUGAUUUGGCAGUCUAAAUGCCAAAUCAUACCUCUCCAUUGCCAGUUCAUUCACAUCUUCGUGGCCACUGGCCAUACAGCUGACUGUCAAAUACGUGUCUAAACAAACUUUGCCGAUUUUGUGUUUUGUAAUUUUCAUUGUGGUUUAUAAAAUAGUAGUUAACAUGGCUAAUGUAAAUUUAACGGAUUUAAAUGUGGACACACUUUUCGAACAACACAGUAUACCAGAUAUAGAAAUUGUCCAUAGAAGGAUACAAACUGUGAUUGAAAGUAAACGCGAGGAAUUACGCACUAUGGUUGGUGAGAGCUACAGAGAUCUUCUUAAAGCAGCGGACACAAUUACCUCUAUGCAGGAUUCCUCUAGCAAGCUUAUACAGCAAGUGAUUGGUAUUUCGGAAAAUUGUCAGAAACUUAAUGAACAGCAACUAAUAGGCUUCCAAACAAGCGAUACAUCGGAUUUGCUACAAAAUCGCAACACUAACAAACAACUUAACAAUUAUUUCAGUACAAUGGUGCAAAUAAACUUAUUAACAUCAUUGCCUGAACUGAUAUGGUCACAUAUUGAUGAUGAACGAUUUUACACAGCUACAGAGUUAUUCGUGUUUAGUCGGCAUAUAAGCACUGGUCUUCAACUGGACGUUCACAACACAUUAAUGAAACAAUUCCCAAUAGCGAAGAAACAGUGGGAAAUACUUAAACCAUUCCACGUUACCAUAAAACAAAACGUUAUAAAUAUGUUGGAACGUGAAGAAUUAAGUGCUGAAGUUGCCGUCGAGUGUUUGCUAAGUUUAUUGUUAUUGGAAAAAAAUAAUUUAAAUGGAGUAUUUAAAAUAUUUUUACAACUACGCUGUGCAGCUUAUUUAAAUUGUUUGAGUGACGGAUCAAACGUAGAUGCACACAACAGACGUGUAAGAGCACGUAUAUUAGCUAGUUUGAAAAUAUUAAAUAAUAGCAUUGAACUCAUACGCACAUGUUUUAUGGACAAUGGCCUGCUCUCUAGUAAACUUGCUGAACAUACCGAUGCAAAUGCUCCACCAACAAUAGCCCUUAUGGAUAGUAAUGAUUUACAGCUUUCCUAUUUGGUACCUGAUAUAAUAGCAAACUUUCGUCCUAAAUAUGAAGUACUGCAACUUGAUAAAUCACAAGUGCAACUCACAUUCGAACAUUGGCUUGCAGAUAUAUCACGCAUAGCUAAUUCACAACUAAAGAAUCUCUUUGAUUUUGUCAAUACAAUGGGUACAAUACAGGAAAUCAAAAAUGAGAGGUAUAUAAAGAAUUCCUGUGUGCAAGAUUGCAGUUUUCAAGGCGAUGUGUUUUAUCGAUCAUUUUUGAAAUAA